AUGACUAACCUCGAACAUUCUUUUACCAGUUCCCACUCAACUUCCUCGCCACCUUCUCAGCUCACUAUCCAGACGCCUUUUCAAAAUGUCUCCGCUUCACCGGCUUCCUCAAACUUCAACCUUUCCACAGCAACUCCAGCACAAGCAUUCGGUAGGCGUUUUGUUCCACCAGCCGCCGCAACAGUGUCUAACCAUUUAAGAAGCAAUAUCAUCCAAGUAUUUGCAGCGCUCACGGUCACAAGGCUUCAUUUUGCCCUAAAGCGUUUGCUAGUAACGCUCCAGCCGCUGUCCACGGUCCUGAAAAUUGUUUGCAAGGAUCCACACCCGAAAUCUGUUUGUCCACGCCGGUACAAACCUGCACCCCGAGGGAAAACCCUAAUUCGGAAAAAAAUUUUGAAUAAACACCCAUCUACUCCUAUUAAUAUUCCCAACCUUUCAAGCUACCUCUCUUCUCACCCCGAUCCGGUAUUUGUUGAUUAUUUAAUCACCGGUUUGUCCCAAGGGUUUCGGGUGGGUAUCCUCUCUCCUCUUUCUGCCUCUUUUGUUGCAAAAAAUUUGCAAUCCGCAAGACAGGAACCUGAAGUGGUGUCAGUUCUUUUAGAUAAAGAGGUUAAUAAAGGAUAUGUUAUCGGCCCCUUCACUUCUCCUCCUUUUUCUCCUUUUCGGAUUAAUGCCAUCGGCAUCGCAACUCGCAAAUAUUCCGGUAAAAAACGUCUAAUCUUUGAUAUGUCUUCUCCACAUUCCUCCAACAUAGCUAGCGUUAACGAAAACAUUCCCCUAACACCUUUUUCUCUUCAUUACGCUACGGUGGAUAACGCCAUCCAGUUAAUAAAAUUAGCUGGUCCUGGCGCUUGGUUAGCCAAAGCUGACAUUACCGACGCUUUUAAAAUUAUUCCAAUUCACCCAUCUGAUUGGCCGUAUUUUGGAGUGAAAUGGAACUCAAAAUUCUACUUCGCUGUGAGGCUGACGUUCGGUUGUAGAAGUAGCCCGCAUAUUUUCAACAGUCUCUCAGAAGCUCUGUGUUGGAUUCUACUGAACAUCUGUAAGCUUCCUUUCGUUUUGCAUUUACUAGACGAUUUUCUGCUAGUCGACUUUCCAUCUUCACAAUCUUCCAUCCUUAGUAUUCUUAAAAAAAUAUUUAGCGACGUCGGCGUUCCACUCUCUGCCGAAAAAACAUUAGGCCCUUCUACUUCGUUAGAAUUCUUAGGCAUUUCCCUUGACACAGUCAAAAUGCAAGCUUCUUUGCCACAAGAGAAACUCCUAAGGAUCAGGUCAUUUCUGGAAUCUUUUUCCUCUCUACGCUGCGUCACGAAACGAGACAUGCUCUCUCUGCUCGGUCACCUCAAUUUCGCCAUGAGCAUCAUACCACAAGGCAGAACAUUUAUCUCUCGGCUGUUAACUAUGGCCCAUUCCGUCCAAAAAUUAAGCGAUCCGAUCCAGGUAGAUGACGGUUGUCUCUCCGAUAUAAAAUUUUGGACUCAGUUGCUUAAUGAUUGGAACGGUAUUUCUUUCUUUUACAAUGACGCCUUUGAAUCCUCCGCAGACCUUCAAUUAUUUACCGAUGCUGCCCCAUCCAUCGGCUUCGGUGGGUUUUUUCGAGGGCAAUGGUUCGCAGAGAAGUGGCCAAACAAAUUCCCUAAGAAAGAAUCAGGUUCCGUGUCUUCUGCGCUCUACGAGAUUUAUCCUCUGGUAGUUGCUAGUGUAAUCUGGGGUUCAGCGUGGUCAAGGAAACGCAUUUUGCUGUUUUGCGACAACGAAGCCACUGUUGCCAUUAUCAAUAAAGGCAGGUCAUCGUGCCAAACGAUCAUGCCUUUUUUGAGGCGUUUAAUCUGGCAAUCCGUCACUUUCAAUUUUAUUAUUAAAGCUGCUCAUAUACCAGGGCACUGCAACGUUAUUGCUGACGCGCUCUCCCGCUUUCGUUUUCAGACGUUCAGACGACUUUGCCCUUCAGCCAAUACAGAACCAACACCCUGCCCUCCCCUAUCAGCAACUAUGUUAAAUUAGACGAUUUGCAAAAAUCAGCUAGGCAUUACAUGUCUAAAGGAGUUGCUCCUUCAACUUUUAAAGCUUACACUUCAGCUUGGUCUUCUUUUCUAAUGUUUUGCUACUCCUUUCAGAUACCUUUAUUUCCUAUUCUGGUUACCACGGUUUGCUCGUUCCUUGUUUUUAAUUUCGAAAAUCGCAAUUUAAAAAUUUCCUCAAUUCGCAGAUUGCUCGCUGGGAUUCAAUUUUAUGCUAAAUAUUUUAAUCCCGAUUUUCCAAGUCUCUUCACUGAUUCUUCCGUUAGAUUACUGCUCAAAGGCUUCGCUAAAUCCUCUACGAAUUCCCCCGACAAAAGGUUGCCUUUUUCUUUGCCUCUGUUGCAAAGAUUAAUCCUUUCCCUACGCAAUGGCCUUUUUUCCAUAUACUCCAAUAUUCUGCUAGAAGCAGUGUUCUUAACUGCUUUCUAUGUAUUUAUGCGCCCAGGCGAAUUCACUUCAGCAUCUAAACGUUUUGAUCCUGUCCGUGGUCUCUGUCUCUCUGACUUACAUUUCUCUCCUAACUUCUUUACACUUUUUCUUAAACACUCUAAAAAUGACUCUUCUGGUUCUGGUGUUUCCAUAACAAUAUCCAAAAUAAGCAAUAAUUUCUGUCCCUUCACAUCUAUGAUUAGAUUCCUCAAAAUUCGCCCUAGAUCCUCAGAUCACUCACCCCUAUUCUCACUCUCUAACGGAGCUCCUCUUUCUAAAACCUGGUUCAGAUCUCAUCUAGUUUCUGUCCUUAAAAACUGUAGCCUAUCCCCUUCCCUGUAUACUGGACACUCAUUUAGGAUAGGAGCAGCUACUACAGCAGCCGAACGCGGCGUUCCUACAACAGCUAUUAAGAUUCUGGGAAGAUGGUCUUCCUCCGCUUUUGAGUCUUACAUAAGACCUGACCUUAAGACCAUCCUCGAAGCUCAGCAAGCUCUGCAAUAAUAAUUCAGGUACGUCAAGAUAGACAGCCGGCAAGUAUAUUAAUUUUCCAUUUCUGGGGGUAGGCUCCAUUCCAAUAGAAUUAUUCUUCCACUAGUUUUUGGGGGUCGGCUGCGCCCCUGC